UCCCCGAGAGCUCCCCGUCUGUGAUCGCGCGGGGGCCGCUAGUGGGCGUGUUGACUCGUUCGCAGCGUGCUCCGUCGCAAUCGGUUUCGUUAUGAUUGGAAUUCCGGUGAGACUUUGGUUAGGCUAGGCCGUUGCCUUUGAAACCGUUAGCGUGGCCACUUUUUUGCCUUUUGGGGGUCGCCUUCUGUUUGUUCUAAGUUUUGUGUAGUGUAGGCGCGUAGGGGACCAGUCGAGUUAGUGGAUUUGAGUUCGUUUAGGUGCAAGGGAGUAUGGGCGACUCCGAUCAAUACCUUUGUGUUUAUAUCCCGUGACAGGAUGGAGGAUAACAGAAUAAUGGUGCGAUUGACAUGUGCUGUCGUAUUCAGAAUUAAGUUCUUAAUCCGAUUGGUGGUUUCAAUUAUACAAUUUACACAAGUUUGUGUACAGGGGCAUUUCACAACAACUGGAUGUUUAGCAUUGCAUUUUGUGACUGCCAUCAAUUUCGUGAUCCUUGCCUUAAAGGACAACUGCAGUUUAGGAUCCUCAUUCACGCGUAGUUUCUUCGAUAACAUUGCUCUCAUCCCAUGGUACCAUGGAAUCUGGAACUGAUGAUGUGUCAAGAUGGAAUAUUAGAUAUGCCAAAAUGAAUUUUCAUUGUGCACGUAUAUUUUAUUAAGAUGUUCUUCAAUUUUGCUUAAUAUUCCAGAUGCAUUGCUAACCUUAUGGUUAUGGAAGAUUAGGAUGCUUGCUAUUGGGAAGUGGAAACUACUGGCAUUUGGCUUUUAGUGGAGCAAUGGGAUUCUUACUACUGAAUGUAAUAUUCUGCAAUUGAGCAAUGCUUAGUUAUCUUUAUGGAUGACUAUGGGUAGGCCAUAUGUAUGAAGACGUACUGCAGUUUGGUGCAAAUAAACAGCGCAUUGAAUCCAAGGCGUUCUGUUAUCAUAGUGCAAUGAUUUGUUAUGCUUUCAGAGUUAUAAAUGUUUGAACAGGCACUUUAUUAUUGCACUCCGUUCCGGGAGCAGUUACUGGAAUACUAUGCCAAAAACAGAAAUCUUGAAGAUGCUGAAGAAAAUUUGUUGACCUGCCUAGCAGAUCUUUUUUCACAGAUAAGCGCAUCGAAGAAAAAGACGGGUGUUAUCGCUCCAAAACGUUUCAUUCAGAUGGUUAAGAAACUGAAUGAAUAUUUUCGUGGUUACAUGCAUCAGGAUGCCCACGAAUUUUUGAAUUUCUUACUGAAUGAAAUUGUUGAUAUUCUGGAAAAAGAGUCUAGUUCUGCAAAGGUUUCACCUGCGACCACAUCUCCUGAAAAGGUCUCAAAUGGGGCAGCUGUGGAUGGAGUCAGAAAUGAGCCACUGGUAACAUGGGUACAUAAGAAUUUUCAGGGUACUUUGACCAAUGAAACCAGAUGCCUAAUGUGCGAGACCGUCACCGCAAAGGAUGAGACAUUUUUCGACUUGAGCGUUGACAUUGAACAGAAUAGUUCACUCACAAGCUGCCUGAAGAAUUUCUUCUCCACCGAGACUUUAAAUGCGGACGACAAGUUCUUCUGUGAUAAGUGCUGCAGUUUGCAAGAGGCGGAGAAGAGAAUGAAGAUAAAAAAGGUACCGCAGAUAUUGGUGAUCCACCUAAAGCGCUUCAAGUUCAUCGAGCAGCUUAACCGGCACAAGAAGCUGUCUUAUCGUGUGGUGUACCCCUUGGAGCUGAAGCUCAGCAGCAACUCUGAUGAUGCGGACUGCGAGUACUCCCUCUUUGCAGUGGUGGUCCACCUGGGUAGCGGUCCAAACCAGGGACACUACGUAGCCAAGAUCAAGAGCCAUGACCACUGGCUGUCCUUCGAUGAUGACAAUGUCGAGAUGAUACCAGAGUCCACCCUGCAGACGUUCUACGGCUCUUCUCGUGAAUAUUCUGGCAACACGGAUCAUGGCUACAUCCUGUUCUACGAGCGUGUUGGUGGGAAUUGCAACGGGAAGGCCGACUCUCCAGAGGGUGGCAUGUGACCUUAGGCAUGGGAUCUUGGGUGGUUUAGUGUACAUAUGAUGGACAAUCUUUAAAUUGAUAAGAGUGGGAAGCUGAUGUUCAUUGGUGUACAAAAGGGAUUUUUUUUUUCUGAGAGCAUGGGCAAAAAAGAAGAUGCUAGUUUGGACUUUGAAGUUUAGAUUGAAGUUGUUACAAAGGAUCAACCCGUAGAUAGCUCAUUUGAUUUUAUUUUCCGGGUUUUAAUUUGGCACAGUAUUUGUUCUGAAUGGACAUCAGAUUGCUCAGUCGCUGCUCUUGACACUUUCA